AAUCUGUAAAGUCUGAUGGUGUGUAAAUGGAAACAUUGCUUUGCCUUAAAAAGCUGUGGUCUGAACGGAGAGAUCAUAGAUCAAACCUGUUACCUUGAAUUAUCUCAACAUUUUUUCUUCGAACUGUUUAAAGACAUGAAGCUUAAAGGUUAUGAAAAAUUUAAAAUUAAAGAUGAGACGGUGAGAGUAUUGCUGGUCACAGUGGUAAAGGCAGAAAAUGUUACUGUUGGCAGGAUUUCUGAUUUUCUGGACACACCAGAUCCAUAUGUGGUCUUAAGAGUUCGAACCAGUCCCAACCAGAAGCAAAGAACCACAACAAAAUGCAACACCUGCAAUCCGGUCUGGAAUGAAACAUUCUCGUUUUACUUGAAUAACGAAAAGAAAAAUGUUUUGGAAUUUGCAAUGGACGAUAAAGACAUUCUAUCCGACGAUCUGGUUGGCUCUAGUAUUAUUGAGUUGGAUGAAAUCACUGAAAACAAAGAAAUUGUAAAAUCGGUCAAAGUGAAUCAGAAAACAACUCUUGAACUAAAAUUGAACAUCAAAACUGACGUGAAAAAGGAACUGAGAUUGAGCUACGAUUUAUGUGAGGAAGAAAAUGAAUUUCUGCGUAAGAGAACUAAGCUAAUACUGGAACACAUGGCCAUAGUUCUUGGAGAAAAAAAUGCUCCAAGAACAGAACACGAGGUUCCUGUGAUUGCUAUCAUGGGAUCAGGUGGUGGCUACAGGGCUGCAUGUGGAUUAUCAGGAGUAUUUAGUGCACUUCAGGAAUCGGAUAUACUAAAUUGUACCACAUAUGCAGCCGGGCUCUCUGGCUCAUCAUGGUACUUAUCCACACUGUAUCACAAGCCUGCCUGGCCAUCAAGCAUCACUUGCAACGAUAUGGCUGAUGAAUUGCGAGAAAGAUUUAACACAAGUCCCUGGGAUCAUCUUCGCCUAAAUUUUAUUUCGCGUAUGAGAGCAAAAGAACGACGGGGACAAAUUACGAAAUUAGUUGACCUGUUUGGAUAUUUCAUUGGGGAUAGCUUACUUGAUAAUGCUGACGCUAAAUUAAGCGAUCAACGUAAUCGAGUGAAAAAUGCGUAUGCUCCUUUGCCCAUCACAGCCGCUGUCCGUGUGCGCUUGGAUAAGCCUGCCAAAGAGUUUAGUGAAUGGGUUGAAUUUACACCCUUUGAAUAUGGUUUUGCCAAGUAUGGCGUGUUUGGAAACAUAAAAGAUUUUGGAGGGAAAUUCUACAAAGGACAACUUGUGAAGGAAUAUAAUGAGCCACCGCUGUCUUAUUUGCAAGCAAUAUGGGGCAGCGCAUUCAGCAUAAUUUUGAACACCCUACACAAAAAAGACAACAAGAAAGAACAUGAAAUUCAUAGCGAAAUGGCCAAACAUGCUUUAACGGAAGCAACAGAAUGCAAAACUGAGGAAGAGGACAGUGAUAACGACGACGACGAUGACGAAACAGAAAAUGAAAGUGAAGAUGGGCCAAAGUCACCUGACGAUGUAUACGAAAGCAAUAAGAGUUGGUUAUUGGAAGCGCUAAACCCACAUAACUUGAUGUCAACACGUCGUGGAAAAGCUGCAGUGGUUUUCAAUGUUUUGCGGGGAUUGGAAUUCCAAAAAGAUCAAAAUGAUCACUAUGACAAAACGACCGGAAAUCAUAAAACUAUUUGCCUUGUUGAUGCCGGCAUUGCCUUUAACUCUCCAUAUCCAGUCCUGCUACGACCUGAGCGCAAAGUAGAAAUAAUUUUGUCGUUUGAUUUUUCUCAACGAGACGGUGGAGAUAAAGAAAAACCUUUUUCUGUUCUAAAGAAAGCAGAAAAGUGGGCGAAGGAAAACAGGCUUCCCUUUCCUCCAAUAGAAGGAAACCCAUUGCUGGACAAUCCCGAGAUUCAAGAAUGUUAUGUCUUCGAAGAUGUUUCAAAUUUAAACUGUCCAGUUAUUUUACAUUUUCCAAUUAUAAAUAAAACAUUUAGAGAAUUUAGCCAACCGGGUGUACUUCGUAUGACACAAGAGGAUAAGGAGUUUAGUAACUUCCAAAUAUUCGACGAUCCCGAUCAACCAUACUCAUCGUUCAAGUUUGAAUACACCAAGAAACAUUUUGACCGACUCCAUCAACUCAUGAAGUAUAACACUUUGGCAAACAUGGAAACCAUUAAAGAAAAGAUUUCUGCCAGAGUUCAAUUAAACAGAAAUAAUACAAAAACCGAGAAGUGUUUUUGAUCAACUUACUAUAUUAUCAACUUUGUAAAAUAAAAUUGGGCACUAAGAUACAACGGUUUCAUUUGCACAGACGUAAAGACUUAAUUGGCACAAUCAAACAAGUAUUUUGUUGUAGCUAAAUUGUUAAAUUAUUGCGAACAAUGCGAUAGAAGGAAGUCGAUCCGCCUCAAACUGCGAACAUACUUUAAAUGAUGAUCUGGGAUAUUGGGAAGGUUGUCUUUACUCAUGAUACUUUUAGUAUAGAUAAAAUUAACUGCAGAUAUUUUUUACUGAUUUUAAAAUAAAGCACAAAAAACAA